AUGUUGGAAAAGAGUGAAAGAUUGGUUAAGACUGUACUCGAACAGGAUCAUUUCUAUAGUACAUUCUUUCUCUUUAUUUAUCUAAAAAGAGACCAACUAACAACUUUGAUGAUUUGGAAUAGCUUCUGAGCCGGAAUUGGGAGGAGAGUAGCAUGAUGACUUCGGUUGUCGUUGCUACAGCGAAGAACGUCGGCUGUACUGUUCAAACAGCUUGAGGUUCAGAAGCGUUAUGAAAAG